AGAACUGGGAGGAUGAGGAAGGUUGGGGCAGGAGGGGCAACUUGCAAUGACUGUCUGUGUCCUUCUCACCAUGCUCCACCCUGGCCCAGCCCCCAGUGGUCCCCCCCAGGGAGUGGCAGUGGCCUUGGGGGGUGACGGCAACAGCAGUAUCACUGUGUCUUGGGACCCUCCGCUCCCCUCCCAGCAAAAUGGGGUCAUCAAGGAAUACCAGAUCUGGUGCCUGGGCAAUGAGAGCCGCUUCCACCUCAAUCGGUCCGCGGCAGGCUGGGCGCGCUCGGCGGUGCUCCGGGGACUGCUGCCCGGUCUCCUCUACCGGACCCAGGUCGCGGCGGCCACCAGUGCGGGCGUGGGCGUGGCCAGUGCCCCGGUGUCGGUGCAGCUGCCGUCUCCGCCGGAACUGGAGCCUGGGCUCGAGGCGGGCCCAGGGCUGGCGGAGCGGCUGGCGAGGGUGCUGCGGGAGCCCGCCUUCCUCGCGGGCAGCGGCGCCGCGGGCGGGGCGCUGCUCCUCGGGCUCUGCGCCGCCCUCUACCGGCGCCAGAGGCAGCGCAAGGAGCUCAGUCACUACACGGCCUCCUUUGCUUACACACCUGCAGUGUCCUUCCCACACUCAGAGGGCCUGUCGGCAGCCAGUUCCAGGCCACCAAUGGGCCUCGGCCCUGCUCCUUACCCGUGGCUGGCAGACUCGUGGCCGCACUCAUCUCGCAGCCCCUCGGCCCAGGAACCCAGGGGAAGCUGCGGCCCCAGCAAUCCUGACCCAGACGACAGAUAUUACAAUGAAGCAGGGAUCUCCCUUUACCUGGCUCAGACGGCCCGGGGAGCUGCCGCCUCUGCUGAGGGUCCUGUCUACAGCACCAUUGACCUGGCCGGCGAGGAGCUGCAGACCUUCCACGGGGGGUUCCCUCCACAUCCCUCAGGGGAGCCAGGCGACUGGAGCCAGUAUGCUCCUCCAGAAUGGAGCCAGGGGGACAGUGGAGCCAGGGGAGGCAAAGUAAAGCUUCUGGGAAAACCUGUACAGAUGCCCUCUCUCAACUGGCCAGAAGUGCUGCCACCCCCGCCCCCUUCCUGUGAACUGAGCUGCCUAGAGGGGCCUGAGGAGGAGCUGGAGGGCCGCUCAGAGCCGGAAGAGUGGGGCCCACCAGUGCCCGAGAGGAGCCACGUGGCAGAGCCCAGCACCAGCGGGGGGUGCUUGGUCCCUCCGUCCCGAGGGGAAACCCCCUCUCCCACACCUUCCUAUGGACAGCAGUCCACAGCCACUCUUACCCCCUCACCUCCUGACCCUCCCCAGCCCCCCACUGACAUUCCCCAUCUCCACCAGACGCCCAGGAGGGCGCCCCUUGGGCCAAGUUCCCCUCUCAGUGUAUCCCAGCCUACGCUGAGUAGCCGUGAAGGGAGGCCUGCUGGCCUGGGUGCUGACCCCACGGCCCUCCAUCACAGCCCCAGCGCUGCCGCUAGUACAGCCAGCAGUGCCCCAGGGAGAACCCGGCAGGCGCCUGGGGAGAUGACUCCUCCACUUCACGGGCCCCGUGCCCGAAUCCGGAAGAAACCCAAGGCUCUUCCCUACCGGCGGGAGCACAGUCCUGGGGACUUGCCGCCCCCUCCCUUGCCGCCACCGGAGGAAGAGGCAAGCUGGGCCCUGGGGCUGAGGGUGGCAGGCAGCAUGUCCUCCUUGGAACGGGAGCAGGAACACAGUGGGGAGAGGAGAGUGGCGCAGGCCGGGCCCCUGGGGGCCUGGCGGGGCCCGCACCUGGAUGAAGAGGCCUGGCUCCCCUACAGCCGACCAAGCUUCCUGUCCCGGGGCCAGGGCACCAGCACCUGUUCCACAGCCGGCAGCAACUCUUCGAGAGGCUCCGGCAGCUCUCGGGGCUCCCGGGGCCCUGGCCGGAGCCGGAGCCGGAGCCAGAGCCGGAGCUAGAGCCAAAGGCCAGGACAGAAGCGUGGAGAGGAACCAAGAUGACCUUUGAUGAGCUACCAGAAAUUCCAUGGGGAAGGGCGUGUCCCUGGGCCGGGAGCCUGAGCAAGAGCCCCUCCCCUUGGUGAAUGAGGGCUGAGCGGAGAGGAGCAGGGAGGAGUCUCUUCCCUCUCAGCAAUGAUGCAUGGGGCUCCCUGAGAAAUUGGCCUAGAAGCCAGGAGCCAGCUCUUCCCUUGCCAUCUGGGACCCAUUCAUAAGAAAGACAAUAAAAAGAGU